AUGCCUAUCUAUGUGUUCUAUCGAUACUUGUGGAACAGCAACAAGAAACUAUUGUUAAAGACUGUCACUGCGCAUUAUAUCAUACCUAUUAUACUAGAGAUACUGCCAUGGUAUACAUCAAAGAGAAAGAUUGGCAACUACCUGAGGUCAUUGCGAGUGGAUAUCACACAUAGGAUGUCGACCAACAGCGAAUAUGGACACUCCAUCGUGGUCAAGUACGUACUACUUACCAUAUACUAUGCCAUUCUUGACAAUAUCAACAGUCAUCUCAUCAAGCUUGUAGCAACAGAGAAUCAGUUAUUCAUUCGAAGAAUGGUUAUGGAGAAGCUAUUAUACUCUGAGAUUGGAGCAUUUGACUUCCUGAGGAAGAAGAAUAACAUUGGACCAUUGGAGUUAGAGUUCAAGAUAUCAUCUUCGAUCAAUACGACCAUCUCAUUCUUCACGUACACACUGCCCGAGUUCUUUGCAGCAAUGUACGCACUGCUGGUCGAGGGCUCCGAUCUGUUUAGCCGUCGCAAGAAGAUCGACCCACUCAUCAUCCUCCAUCCGAUACUGAUCGCCAUCUACCAGAAGGUCAGUCAGCGACUGCGACAGCACUUGGUCGAGAACAACGAGAUCAAGUUCCGCGACACCUAUCAGGUGGCCAUGAGCAAGAUGGUCACCAACACGCUCGAGGGCCUGUCCGACAUCCAGGUCAACAAUCUGCAAGAGACACAACUGUCGCUCUUUGACAACCUCAUCGACAAGGAGCUGGAGCAUGCCCAGUCCUUCUCAUCGUUGGUCAGUAAAGUAUGGCGAUCCAUCCACAACCGCUCAGUCUUUGAGUUUGCCACCGAGGUAUGGGUGGCUCACAAAGUCAUGUUGCGACAGCGUAUCAACAACGAAGAGUACAGGACAAUGUUGUUGGAGAUCAAUCGAGUACUUCGUCUGGCAAAGAAGGUACUUCACUCACUGAGUAGCUUCAAGCAUAUAUACAAACACCAGAAGAAGGUUAAGGAGCUGUUGGAUAUUCCAACCUUUAUCGAGGAGGAUGGAAACCUUAAAAGUGUAUAUAGAUUCGAGGAACUAACGAUACGUAAUGUAAAAUACUCCUAUGAGAACAAGUUCUCCCUGCUGCCUCCACUCCCUGUUCUCGACCUACAGGGUGAGAUGUCUAUACUUCCAGGCAAGAAAUAUGCUUUGGUUGGACAGAACAGAGCAGGCAAGUCAACGCUCAAUCACAUACUUUGUAAAAUCUUCUCGCCAAAGGAAGGCGAAUUGCUCAUGAAUGGCAUACCCUACAGGGAGAUCUCAAGGUCAUCCAUCAGACGUCUGAUAUCCUACGUAUCACAACGUCCCUUUAUCUUCCAUGGUACAGUCCGCGACAACAUCCGUGUUGGCAAUCCCAACGCUACAGAGGAGCAGAUCAUUGAGGCAGCGUCAGCAGCAGGAGUGUUUGCAUUUGCCUCUGACAAUAACAUGAAGCACUCAUUGGACUAUAGCAAUGACAACUUGGACGAGAUGAAGCCAUUUGGUACACCACUGGGAUCAUCGUCGUCUUCGAUCAAUCUGAGAAAGAGUACCACUACCACUACUUGUAUCGAUCAUACUGUGUGCGAGACGAUACUACAACAGAGUCAACAACAGUCGAUGCUCAAGCGAUCCAAGGGCUACACUGAUGGACUGGACUCGGACACGUCCAAGAGCUCGAGGAUGGACGGCAGCGACGACAAGAGCAACAUUGAGGCCUGUCUAAAGGGCGAGGACCUUGAGUCCAACAAGCUGGUGCAGAGAGUGUGGUCCGUCAUCAACUUGGCUUCGAUGGACAAUGACAACGACUCGGACAAUGAGGUCGAGCAGGAGCCACCCCCCAUCGUGCCCGAGUCACACGACCAUCAGAACAACCCUGUGCUGGACCAGGUCGUCGAGCUCGGUGGCAAGAACAUCAGUGGCGGCUUUGCGCAGUCGAUCGCGCUCGCCAGAAUCUUUGUGAGGACUGAGGCCAAGAUUGUUAUCCUCGACGAGGCCAUGUCUCAGAUGGACGCGUUCAAGAAGCGCGAGGUGAUCUUCCCAAAGCUAUUCCAGUUUGCAGAGAACAACAACAUCACUCUGAUCAUUGUCUCUCAUGACAUUGUUUCAUUGCAGAGUUUUGUCGAUCACAUCUUUGUAUUGGAUCAUGGUAGGAUUGUACAUCAAGGCUCACAUCAGCAACUCAUACAAGAUAAGGCGCCACAUUACCUCAAACUACUAGGUAUCAAGAUCUCAAGUCCUGAUCAAGAAUAA